AUGGCCCGCACGUACGGCGGCCGCGUGCUGGCCGCGCUGCCCGCGCUCGGCAUCCCCGCGGCCGUGCUGGCGGCGCUGGGCGCGCAGCUGCUGUUCCAGCUGCAGGCGGGGCGCGCGGAGCUGCGGGGGCCGCGGCGCGGGGCGCCGAGCGCGGGGCCCGGGCUGCCCGAGGACGCGGCGGGCGCGCUGCUGCCGCUGGCCGCCGCGCUGGCCGCGCUGGCGCUGGUGCUCGGCCUCGCAGGCCUGCUGCUCGCCGGCCUCUGCGGCCACCUGGGCGCCGAGCUGGCGCGGGGGCCCGGCCCGGGCAGGUCCGAAUGGUUUUUCUACGACUGCCGCGCGGUGAGGCACGCGGUCCUGGGACUGCUCUGCUGUGGCCUGUCUGUCUACUUGGCAGCGCUCUCCCUCUACGCCUUGCUGCUUUUUGAGAUCGAGACAGGGGCUGCAGCAGCGUCGGUUCUGGGCUCAGGAGCCCUGGUCCUGGUGGCAGUGCUGACCUACGUCCUGCUCCGGGCCGCCCGCCGUGGUCCCCAUGAGCCGUCCCCACCAUGCUCAGAAGACGACCCAGCCCGCACCGCUGGGGUCCCCGGGGCUCAGCCCCAGCAAGGUACUAACCCCUGGUCCUCCCACCCACCUUCCUGGAGUCCAGGCAUCCCCCUGGGCCCUGGCUGUGGCCCAGGCCGGAUGAUGAAGAAACCCAGGCCCCAGGAGGGGCAGGGGCGCAGCAGGGGUCCCGGUUCUGAGCUCGAGGUGGGGCUCACACCUGGAGUUCCCCCCUCCCCGGUGAGCCCACGCUGCUGA